UCUGUACGUGCGUGUAUGUAUGCGUGUGUGUGUUUACCUUUGUUCUGUGUUACCGUUGCCCAGGUGAUUCUGAACUGCUCAGUGCUGCCCUGUCUGCUGCACUUGCUCAGCAGCCCUAAAGAGUCCAUCAGAAAGGAGGCGUGCUGGACCAUCUCUAACAUCACCGCCGGCAACCGCUCACAGAUCCAGGCGGUAAUCGAUACCAACAUCUUCCCCGUGUUGAUUGAGAUUCUCCAGAAGGCUGAAUUCCGCACCAGGAAGGAAGCAGCCUGGGCUAUUACCAAUGCCACCUCUGGGGGCACUCCUGAGCAGAUCAGGUACUUGGUGUCGCUGAACACCAUCAAGCCCAUGUGCGACCUGCUGACAGUGAUGGACUCCAAAAUUGUGCAGGUGUCUCUGAACGGACUGGAGAAUAUUCUACGCCUGGGCGAGCAGGAAGCCAAGAAAAACGGCUCGGGCAUCAACCCCUACUGUGCUCUUAUCGAAGAGGCCUAUGGUCUGGAUAAGAUUGAGUUCCUGCAGAGCCACGAGAACCAGGAGAUCUACCAGAAGGCCUUCGACCUGAUCGAGCACUACUUCGGCAUGGAGGAGGAGGACGCCAGCAUCGCGCCGCAGGUGGACCAGAACCAGGGCCAGUUCAUCUUUCAGCAGCCCGAGGGGCCCAUGGAAGGCUUUCAGCUCUAGUCCUCGCUCCCUUCACACCCGCCCCCCCCCCCCCCAGAUACAGCUAGCCAGCGCGGAACCCCCCCACCCUUCUUCUCCUCACUUCCUCACCCUGCUCCCAUCCCGAAGCACCCAAGCCUCCACUCAGCAGUGAGGGCCACACAGACUCGCCUGCAGAGAGGACGAGAGACAUUCCUCCAGGGGGUGGCCUCCAGCGACAUUCUGCCCAGCCUCUGCCUCCCGCUUUGUUUCCCAGAAUGCAGUUGCGUGAGCCUGGACACUGCAGCUCAAAAAAAGCUGUCUUUCCUCUUUUUUUCCCCUCCCUUUUAUUUUUUAAAUGUAGAUACUGGUAUGGUUGAAGCUCCCUCCAGAAUGACUACCUCUUCCGUCAGUCCACGGCUGAACUACCGUGGAAAAUGAAACGAGACAAAAUGCAUGCACGUCUUUAAUGCUUGCAGUUGGGCCCCUUGCUACAGGAUGUGUAUGCACGUGAGCGUGCGCUUGUGUGUGUGUGUGUGUGUGUGUGUGUGUGUGUGCGCGUGGAGUGUAAAUCUGUAUGUAUUUUACAUUAGAAUGUAAUGUGUGUGGUCAUCUGACGGUAUGUGAAAAAUACUCGACCUCUUAUAUAAACAGCAACUAUAUUUAUAAUCCCAUAGAUUAUAUUUUUAAUCUUUGCUGAUGCGCAGCAAGCGACAAGUUGUCAAUGUUACCUUUUAAACUUGAAAGGAACAGCUGCACGUAAGAUUUGCAGUGAAAAUGCGCACAGUGUAUGUAGCAGUUCCACACAUGUGACUCCAUGUGAAUUUAUUUAUUCUGUAGAGGGGCUGCUCUGCUGUAAUUGUUGGUGGGAGGGUGCCAUUGGUCUCUGAAAUGGAUGUUGUGUGUUUGUGGCAGACCUGGGUCAAAUAGGUAUUUGUUUUGGAUUUAAAUACUUUUCUACGCUUUACUGAUCUUGCCUGGUGUAUUGGAACCAAUGAAGUGCACUCGAAAAGUGCAAAUCCAGCCUUCUGGUCAUAUUGGUAGGCUCAGUUACACCAGGCAAGAUCAACAGAGCACAGAAAAAUUUUUGAGUCCAAAACAAAUAUGUAUUUGAUCCAGCUGUGGUUGGUGGUGGAGGGGGGAAGGGAGAUGGCUGUUGCUGUACUGUCAUAUAUGUGCAUUUGAGUGUGGGGUUUGGGGUGGUGGGACAGGGUACAAGUGAUGUGAGGUGUGUGUGUGAUUGGGGGGGAGGGGCUUCUGCUGGGUUUACUCCCUUAUUCCCUGUUUUACAUGCAAACUGAUAAGUUUGUUUUCUCCUCCUUGAAUUUGAAGAUAGCAGGAAUUUACCUGGCUGUCCCUGGCAGUUUUGUAACAUUCAGCGUGAUUUUUUGAGAGGUUAUUUACAAUUUGACAUUUUAGCUGUAAAUUUUUAGUUGAAUUUAAAAACUGCUCUGUAUAUUAUAUAUACGCUUAUGAAACACAUUGAACAACUGUAAACAAACAUUUGAGAUUUUUGAGGGGAGGGCAAUGGUUGCAGGUGAGUUAGGGGUGUGGUCACAAGGGCUGUGCUGUGGCUUUGGGACAUGGUGGGGUAAGGUAACGUAAUGCUCAAGUAAAACACGUUGACAGGAUAAUGUGGAUGUGAAAGUGCUCAGUAUAAGGUACAGUACCUGAAAUCCAAAUCUCAUUCUGUAUCACCUGUCUCUGUCACACCUAUAGCAUGGCUCAGAUGAAGCAGUGUUUUACAUACUUUUUUAGUUGUUGUAUGUACGCAAACUCUGCCGUACUGCCCUGCUGUGAAUUAGCCUGCAGUUUCUGUUAAUGAUGCAGCAUAUUAGUAUAUCCAUUUUGUUAACACCUCUCUUGGAACCAUUCCCCCCCCCCCCCCCCCCUUUUUAUUUUUUUAUUUUAUUUUAUUUUUGGCUGUGUUUAAGUUUAUCAUUAUGUAGACGCUGUGUGCAUUCAAGUAUGUUGGUUGAUUGUAUGCAUUUAUACAAUACGGAAAUCAUUUGUAAACCUCUAAUUGUUGAGCACAUUCAAUCGUGUACAGUUUUCUAAUAUUUCUCAUGUUUGUAUGGUUAGGCUUUUGAUUGGUUUUCACAUUGGGGGCGGGGGGGGGGGGGGUGUGUGGUGUGUACUGUCAGUAUCUGAACUUUAGGACAUCUGAGGACUUUGUUAGGGUGUGGCUUUGAAGUCACUGCUGACUGGAAGGGGUGGCACCAAGGACUGCGCCAGCAGCCCGUUCUGAUUCCCACCUCUUCGCUGUGAGGGCCUUGAGACGGCCGACUGAAUAGGCUAGUUCCUCUCUGUUUAUACAAUGCAGCCAUUGCAAUUGAUUCGCCUCGAUCAGUUUGCUUAACUAAGGAAUGUCGAAACUCAAACAUUAUGUAGAACAAAUAAAUGUUCCGUUACAUACCUGUC